GUUAUUGUUGAGAAAAGUCCGAGGGCUCGUGUGGGUGAUUUGGACAAGAACAAGUAUCUAGUUCCAUCCGAUCUAACUGUGGGACAGUUCUACUUUCUCAUUCGUCGGCGAAUCCAACUUCGUGCGGAAGAAGCUUUGUUCUUCUUUGUUGAUGAUACCAUCCCACCAACAAGCGUCACAAUGGGUGCACUUUUUGAUGAACACCACGAUACCGAUGGAUUCCUCUAUAUUGCUUAUAGUGAUGAAAGUGUGUACGGGUAG